AUGGCGACAGUAAUACCGGGGCCGCCUGCACUGUCAGGCGAGCUGGCCCUCUUUCACACCACCGAUCCGCUGUUGGGCAACUCUCCCGUGCUGCUCUUCCACGGCCCAGCAGCCAGCCUUGGCGCAACCAGCUCGCGCAUACAGGUGCAUGUCCUCACGCCAGCGGGACUAGGUCCAUAUUCGCGACUGUCCGUCUCGCCGAAUUCGCCAUUCUACUCUGCAGUCAGCAACCUUCCGCGUGAAGAGCAGGGUGAUGAGGUGUGCCGCGGGCUGGCUUUCGGCCUCAAGAAGUACUUCUCGGAGCUGCCCGAAGCAGUAAGGACGACAUGGUGCGCGCAGGUCAAGACGCCUUCGCCUGGUGCGUUGUUCGGCGACGACCAUAUUGCUAUUUUGGCGACGCGCAUGACCAAGAUCGAGAACGUGGAUGACGUGAUUGGAGACAUAUCGGACGCCUUCUGCGAGCAGAGGCUGUCCUGGUUGGAUGUAGACGUUGUACUCCCUCCUGGUGCCAUCAAAGAUCAGCCAGAUCGAUCCGACUCAGCUGGACCUGACGAGCUCGAUGAAGACGAAUUGCUGAAGCAGAAGUUUGGACGCUAUGCUGAGCUGAUCGCCAGCUUUGGUGAUGUUGCGUUUUUACCCACAUCGCGAGUCAAGAGGGCGCCUUCCAAAGCGAAUGCGAUUGGCAGAAGUGCAACAUUCGCAAAGCACCAGAAGGAGAACGCAAGACGCGAGCUGAGUGAAUUACUCAAUACCGAGGAGAACUAUGUGAGCCGGCUGGGUGAACUACAAAGCCUAUCUGAAACCCUUGGAGCGGACCUCAAAGCUACACAUCAACAACGACUCUCCGAAGUCUUCUCUCCUGCCAUCGGUCAUAUCCUCGAGGUGAACAGGAACUUCUUGGAUGCUCUCAAGUCUGUGGUGGAAAGCAAUGAGGUUGCAGCAGAAGAUGACAUUGAGAAUUCUCAGGACAUCGAGGAAGCUGCUCCUCAUCAAACGCCAGAACCAGCCUCAGAUCUGCAAGGCAUCGCUCAAGUGGCACUCUGCCUGUGUGAGUGGUUCCCGAAGUUCGCGGAGUGCUACAAGGACUAUUUGAGUGCUCAUGCUCAGGCAUCCCAAGUGCUUCGCACGAUCUUGCGAAGCGGUGAUGCUCUCGCAAAUGAGUUCCAAGACAUUGGAGAGCAGAAAGUCAUUUCGUUGCUCAUCGAACCGGUCCAGCGUCUUCCGCGAUACAAUCUCUACAUCGAUGGCAUCACUAAGCAGCUACCUGCAAGACAUCCUGCAUUGAAGCCAUUACUUCGAGCACGCGACAUUGUUACCGAGAUAUGCGCCGAGAAUGAAGGAUCAGAGACUGCAGCAGUGGUGGAGAGGCUGAGGUCUCGAACAACUGGCUGGCCCGGAGACAUCAGCAUUACUGGCAGACUGAUUACUGGCGCCGACUACGUCGAGCUCGUGGCGCCGUAUGCUGCGGAGGGAUGCGAUGGCCCGCGUGGCAUCUUGCUCCUAUUUACUGACGGUAUUGUCGUGCUGGAGAAGUCUGGCAACAGCAGAACAAAUGCCAGGGCGCUGUUGACAGAACUCGAAAGUGGCUCGUUGCCGACUAGAUCAGUGGAAAGCCUUCCCGAGACGGCUGGAGAUCUGCACUUCAUUCGUCGUCUCCAGCUUGACGCCGUGCAGUGCACCGAAGGUCACGAUGGACAAACUUUGCAGCUACUCACCUUCUUCAAACUCGCCAUGGGCGCACUCGCUUCUCACGAGCCCAUACUGGACUCAUGUCAGAUUGUGAGGCUCGAAGCAUCGUACGAAAGCAGGGUAUCGCGCUUCAUAGAGGAAGUCACGAAAGCAAGAGUUGAGAGUCGCUUCUCCGAGGCGGAAAGAGAGUCGAUGAGAUGGGAGCUACGUGCGACAGAUCCCGCCUCUGACAGCCUGAGCUUGUUCGGAGCGGUGUUUGACGACUCAACCCAGGCACACGUCGACUCCAGGCUGAGCAACACCACAGUGCGCAUUGUGGUGGACACUGAACGACAUGACAGCAAGCCACAAGCUGGGCAAGGCGGUCUUCGGACUGUGGUAAACCUGACUCCCGGCCGUGAUGGGCUAUGGCGACUAUCUAUCGACUCAAUCGAUGGGACUACCGGCCGCGAGCACGUUGGCACACUCGAUGUAGUGCCUGCAAUUCGACGGAAACUUGCCACGCUGCUCAGUAACAGGCUGACGAUCGACAAAUCCAGUAUGACGGCAUGUCUUCUCAGCAGGAAUCUCGACAUCUUACGCUCACUGCAGAUGCAAGCCGCGCCGAGAGAUGGCGACGACAUCAAGUUCCUGCUUGCGCCACGCGAGCAGAUACACCGACCAAAGUCUCCCAAGAAGCUUCUUUCGAGUUUCUUGUCCAGCGUCGGACCUGGCGACGAACCUCGCAAUCUUCUCAGAAAGGAGUCUAGGGAUUUACCGACACUUUCCGCACAGAGCUCCUUCUCCUAUGCACCCAGCAUGGUGUCGCAGAAGCCACCUAGCCGCGAAUCACGACCAUCUUCACGAGAUCAAGCCGUGUCAACAUCAUUCUCCUCGACAUCUUCGGAUUUCCCGACACCGCAGCUGAAGAAGUUGGAAGACACGUUAUCAGCAUACAUCCUUGCCUUGCAGGCUCGUAAGGGCAACAUCGUGGGCAAGAACCUCAAGAACCGAAUUGUCGCUGACGAAACGCUCGUCAACGAGCUUUACAACAGUCUGAUCGAAGACCCGAACAUGAUGGUACUAGCAGCGCAAGCUCCGCUCGAUGUGCUUUUCGCUGGGUUCGAGAAGUUCUUGAACGUGGCUUGGAGAGACACUGUGGGACAGGUAAUGCCCAGCUCGGUCAUCCAAGAGAUUCAGACCAAAGCUGAGAGCCUGUUUCCACGCGACUUCGACGAGUACUUCCGAUCAACCUUGUCACAACUAGGUCCGCAGAAUCAGCGAGCUUUCAAAGCCAUCAUGAAGUUACUGGCGGAUCUUCUUGAUGGCACCGGCAACGACGGCGACCGAGGGACACUGACUGCCUGUUUCGCCGAGCUCCUGGUGACAGAAGGCAAUCCGCAUGACUACAUUGCGCUCAUAGACCGUGUUGUGGACGAUACCGAAACUUACUUUGGAGAGCCAGUCGAAGGGAAGUAUCAUAAUACGGGGUCAGUGAACUCACACAAGCGAGCGAGGUCCGUCAACUCUUCUUCGCUCACUAGCAAUACCUCGUCACUGCGACGCAAGUUCGGCUUCAGUACACUGUCUCGAGAGAACAGCAAGUCUGAGCAGGAGUCAAAAGUCUCUUCGGUCUGGAGGACGCUGAGCAAAACAAAUCGUACUGAUGCUAGUCCGCACGGUAGCUUGUCAAAAGGCUCACUUGGCCGGUCGCAAUCUAUCGAUGAAGGCAAAAGCCUGGGUAGCAGACCUCUAUCUGGAGACAGCACGAAACGUCAUGGAUUUGGCGAGAUGCCAUCGAUGCCUGCUCUUGGCCGCACUCCAUCCAGUAACAACCUUGGACUAUCCACAAUUGGAGAGCAUCCGAGCUUCAUACCGACUGGCCCGCCCAGGAAGAAGCGGCGUAGUUCGCUGUCAGACUUGACGAGCCUCGACAACACACCACAAAAGGAGCCUUCGUCACCGGAACGUUCGAGACAACCUUCGCCCCAACGAGCAUCCCCCCAGCGACCGCCAUUGGUGCACAGCAAGACUGACGUUGACAAGGAGCUGCCGGUCUCGCCACCACCGUCGACACCGUCAUCAAGAGUUGGCAGAUUCGCGACACCUGUACAGACUUCUCCACGCUCGAGACUGCCAUCGUCCUUUAGGAGGGAGAUGUCGCCAGGACCAUUGCGUGCACUGACAAAGCCAGAUGUACCACGUCCAAAGACCAGCGGAGGCAAUGUCGAGCAUGUCAGACCGAAGACAAGUGGUGGACCGUCGGAUGAGGUGACGAUCACCGCCCGACCGACCUCGAACAUUCCAAGUCUGGCUCCCAGGUCCAAUGGUUUCAGCCUUCAGAAACCGGCGCCCUUGACACCAAUGCGCAACGGCCUGUCUGAGCGACCUGGUGCUGGAAACAUCGUCAAGAAGCCAUCAUCACCUCCAGCUGAGAAGACAACGCGCAAUCGAAGUCAUACGGACUCUGCUGCACCAAUGACUCCUUCGCAUAGGAAGCUACGAAUGCAAUCGCCCCAGAAGCUCCGUGAGCGACUACACAAUGAGCAGAGUUCGAUCUUAGCAACGCAGGGCUCUUUACAAGACGAGCUCAGUAAGAUAGGCGAUGAGCUAACUUCAUCGACAAUGACUCGAGGCUCUCCGAUGCGCCCAGGAAGCAAGAGCAACACUAUUGGCGGCCGAGGCUCAUUCUCUCAGCCCAGCAAUAUGGACCUCGCACAACGUGUUCUUAAGAUCGAAGGUCAACUACCCAAGCAAGCCGAGGACUUCAAUGCACGGAUACAGAGCAUCCAAUCCGAUCUGACGACGUCGCUGAGCGUGUCUGAGACCAAGUCGAAGAAGCUAGAUGAACUGUACCGCGAGGCCAACGCUGAGAACGAAGCUCUUUACGCCAGGUUCAACGAUGAGCUGAGUCGGGUCAUGAAGGCCGUGAGGGGUGGCGAGGGCGUGGAAGAGUUGAAGAAGCAGCUGAGAGAGAGUCAAGAGGAGGCAGCAAAGCUCAGGCGAGAGACAAGUCGACUUAGGCGGGAGAAUGCUGGGUUGCGGUCACAGUUGAGGGAGUAG